AUGUCACGUUAUUUUAAUGGUUUAUUCAUAUUUUCCGUGUAUUGUUACUGCUUUAACAUAAUAACAAUUUCGGCACAAUCAAUUGACUUAAACCAAUAUAAUUUAACAAAUACUUGCCAAAACGCGAUUAACUCUGUAUCUCAAAAUCAAGAAGUUGAUAAAUGUCUUUCAUUUUCAACGAUCAUAGACACCAUACCAACAAUAGUCGAUCCAAGCAUCCCUAAUCCUGUAAUUAAAAUCAAUCUUAUAGCACAAAAUGUAAAGACGGUCUGUCUCUUACCAAAAUGUAAUAUUGAUACAAUGCAACAAAUUACUCAGCAAUUGGGAUCAAAUUGUGUUCAAGAUUUGGAAUCAAAAAAUCCUGUCGUAAUGAUGACUUACAUUAUGUUUGCUUAUUAUAAACCUCUUCGUGAAAUCAUUUGUUUACGAAAUACUUCUAAUAAGUUUAAUGGAUUUUGCAUAUUGGAAACCAUCACGAAUAUUGCAAAUGCUACUGCUUCAAAUCAAAAUAAAAAUCAGAAAAGGAGUCUUGAAUUUAAAAUUAAUCACAAAAUGGAAAUCGAUAUUGAUCAUAAUUUUGCAAAUUUAACGUCCGCAAGUAUUUUUCACUCGACUACAUCAGAAUUGACUAACUUAUCAAGUACAGGAACUGAUAAGCUCACUCCAUCGAGCGUGGAAGCCAUUCAGCCCACUCCAUCGAGUGUGGGGGCCACUCAGCCCACUCCAUCAAGUGUGGAAGCCAACCAACCCACUUUAGCAAGUACAAGUGUACAAGAACAACCUACCAUUCCAACAUCAACAAAUAUUCCAACAUUAACAAAUAUUCCAACAUCAACAAAUAUUCCAACAUCAACAAAUAUUCCAACAUCUUCACCACCAACAACAAGCGCAGGGUCAUCUAAAGAUCCUCUGAUUUCAUUCAUAUUGCCAUUACUCAAAUUGCCACCAAAUUUACUGUGUACAGAUUGUAACGAGGCAAUGUUAUCCAUUUUAUUAAAAUAUUUCAAAGAAAAUCCAUCGACUUCAACAUCUUUUAAUGAUACACAAUUUACAGCACCCUUAAACUCAAUAUGUGGCACGUCUUUCACAGAUGGAAUUAUUUCAAAUACAAUAUCAAUAGCAACCAUCACUCCUAUAUUCAAUUCGCUAAUCAUCUCAACACUUUUCUUUACAUUUUCCAUGUCAAUCAUCUUUUAUAAUGUGGAAAGAAAAAUUUGUAAACUUUGGCACAUAUUUCAACAAAUUCAGGAAACAGAAGCAUUAUUAAAUAUAUUUAUGUUGGAAACUGAAACUGAAAAGCUAAAGAAUGAAAAUUCUGAAUUGAAAAAAGAUAUAGAGAUCACUUUACAAACCAUUGAAUUUAUUUCAACAACACAACCACCAGAAAUUUCAAAACCUGAGACUAUUAUAUGCAACCCUACACAAAGCAACUCUAAAGUUCAUACAAAAAUUUUCAAAAAUGUGGCUAGACCUGAAGAAGCAUCUAAACCUCUGGUGAAAUUACAAAGGAAUCAAAGUCUUUUGGAAACAUCAACUACUGUUCAUAUAAAACAGUCUAGAGAAGAUGAUGCACCUCAGGCAACUGAAACAAAAGUCAACCGAGUUAAAAAACAAGCGAAAUUUUCUAGAUAUUUCUCUUAA